AUUUAUUGAGCUGAACAGUAAUUCAAUAGGCUAAAUAUGGAGCCAAGAUUUCACCUUUGCAAUCUGUUUUCUGGGUUUGAGAGUUCACAAAAGCCAAUCCGUUUUACUCCGUCAUCAUCUCAUGGGUAUUACGCCAUUUUCUACAAGAAAUCUAACAAAAAAGGUCCUUUUUCCCUCACUUUUCCCCGCUCCCCUCACUUAUGUUUUUACCCCUUUUCUCUCUUCUCGCCAAUCGCCAUGAAUCCUGAUUGCGACGGAUAGCGUAAGUUUGAUUUCUGCCGAUUGUGAGGUUUUGAAUUUGUCGGAUUCAUGAUUGCUCAAGGUACGUCGAAUCAUCACUUUGGAGGCCUUUUCUGCGCUAUCUGGAUUUUGUUCUGUUUUGAUUUGGGAACUAGGGUUUUAUUAGUACUACAUUUUAGUUAGUUUUUGUCGCCCAAUUCUCGAUGGAAGAGGUGGAAAGGGCAAAUAGUGCCGCAAUUGAAAGCUGUUAUAGAGUCGUUCAUCUCUUGUCCCAUCCCCAAAAUCAGAAUCACUACGCAAAUCUCUCGGAUCAAACAGGGGAUGCUGUAAGCAAGUUCAGAAAAGUUGUCUCUCUCCUUAAUUCCAGUAGUGGUCAUGCUAGAGUGAGGAGAUUGAAGAAAAUUCAAUCCCCAUUCCCCCAAAAUAUGUUCUUGGAGAAUCCAAUAGCUAAAACAGAGGAUCAGUAUCGAAAACCGCCUUCUCUUAGUCAAAUGAAUCCUCUUCAGAGUGAUCCCAGUGCACUGACAUUGGAAUUGAGCUCACACGCGAAGAAUCUACCUCAGUUUUCGGCUAAUUAUCAUCUCCUCCAUCAGCAAAAGCAGCGGAAGAUCCAGCUCCAGCAGCAGCAAACUGAGGUGAUGUAUCGCGCCAAUAGUAGUGGAAUUAGCCUGAAUUCCAAUGGCUCUACCUUCACUCCGGCCAUGUCGUCUCCUAGGUCAUUUAUUUCUUCGUUGAGCGUAGAUGCCAGUGUUGGGAAUACAGAUGGGAGCGUGUUCCAUUUGAUUGGUUCGUCAGAUCAAGGCUCCUAUCAUCACAAGAGAAGGUGCUGUGGGAGGGAAGAGGAUGGGAGUGUGAAAUGUGGGGACAGUAGUAGGUGUUGUUGCUCGAAGAAGAGGAAAAACAAGAUUAAAAGGUCAAUCAAGGUACCUGCUACAAGCAGUAACUUAGCUGAUAUCCCUCCUGAUGAAUACUCCUGGAGGAAGUACGGUCAAAAACCUAUUAAGGGAUCUCCUCAUCCAAGGGGGUACUAUAAAUGUAGCACCAUGAGAGGCUGUCCUGCAAGGAAACAUGUUGAGAGAUGCGUGGAAGAUUCCACGAUGAUAAUUGUAACUUAUGAAGGUGAGCAUAACCACCCAAAUUUAUCUUCACAGUCGGCCAACACUUGAAUUUCACCUGAAAAAAGGGUCAAGAUUGUAAUGGCCUAUGUGCAUAACCAGUUCAGAUAUCCCUAAAGUCGGCUUGAAUUGUCCGUUGUGUACAUAUUUGGUCAGUACAUAUACAUGGUGUUAAAUUGUUGUUUAGAUCAUUCGUCUCAGAAGCCUUGCUGUCCAAUUGUUCAGAAUUCAUUAUUAACUAGUUGAGUUUCUUGCAUAUAA